AAUGUUCCCUUCUCCCCAGCGGAGUGCAUUUUUCCACCGCUAACUGUACAGUCGCGGACGCCCUUUGAUUGAAAGCGUUCCGUACACUAUCAGACCCGGUCCGGCCCACUGUUGCUCCACAUUCUGUUGUGCAGCGAAAAAUCCCUCGUUCUCAUCUCGCAACCCCCGAGAGUGCUCUCAGUCGCCUUUCGCUAUUGUACGUGCAAAGAACCUUAGCCGCGUGUGUCCUCUUACUACUACCAUCACUGCAGCAGCAGCAGCAGCAGCAUCAGCUAUCAGCUCAGAACAGUUCGUUUGGAAGCGCUGAAACUCAUAUCACAAUCUGCUUUACAAUCAAAUCGGCAGUGAUGAAAAUAACAAAAGCCAACGCUCUACCACAACCGCAAACCAACGAUGAUAAUCGUUACGAGCCUCGGUGAAGAAAGGGUGUGCACCAAUGCUAACAGCUGGCAUUUUUUGUAUUAACCUCUACUACGAUGGUAGCACUGUGCGACAGUUUUGCUUUCCCCGGGUCUGGCCACAGUCGCGAACUGGCCGUGUUGCGAAUCGGAAGUGCGUAAAAUAUCAGUCCGCUGAUAGUGCUGAGUGCAGUUGAUAGUUAGUGUGUAAGGAAUGUUGUGAUUGUGCUGCUUCCCACGGGUGUCGUAUUACGCACGAUCGUUGAGCAAUGCACGCGCCAAUUACCAGGCGCCAAUGUUUGAAAGUGCCUCAGUAGAAAGUGACGAUCAGAACAUACUCUUUUAAUCGGUCGCGUAGCAAAAAAGGUUUGAUCGUUCACCCCACAAACUAGACCGUUUGUGCUCAUGAUCGUGAGUAUGGCAGAACCGCCCCACGGGUCCGCCCAAAACACCAACGACAGCUUGAUCGCGAUGAACGCUCAGGCGGAACCGGGCGUUACCGAUCUGGUCGAGAUGCGUCGGCUGGAACCGCUCGAGCUGGGCUACGCAGAGGACGGUACGGCCAGCGUAUCGGAGGUGGACGGUCGGCGAAAGACACGGGCAAGCCAAACGCAAACGUACGACAUCCACAAGGGAAUUGCCGAAAGUGCCAUGGACAUAUCGCUUCUGACGGCGAACGCGAACCAGCUGCGGCUGCUGAUGACGUACAACGAGAAGUCGCACACGUACGUGGCCUGCAUUGCGCUCGUUAUAAGCUCGCUGGUGUUGCAGAUUUUUGUGGCCAGUGGUGUUAUCAUUAUAAAGAGCUAUCCACGAUCGAAGCCGAAUCGUAGAAUUCACAAGCUAAAAGUGUGCACCUCCAUACUGGUGUCGAUCAUCACGGUCAUAAACAUUCUGGUGGCUUCGCUCGUCAUCACGGAUAAGUAG